AUGAAAAGGCAAAAGACAGACAGUGAGAAGACUCUUAGACAAUCGCUAGACUCAGCAAGCGACAGAAGCAUUGACCCAAGACAAGAAUCGGGCAGAGUGAAGAGACAGAUCUCCGAGAUAGAGGAGCUGGAAAAGAUCGCCCUCAAGGAGCUCCGUAGGUUGAAUCGACUUGAAAGAGACACAAAGGUCAGACGCGACAGCAAAUCUUCGUCCGUGGCAGAUUCAGCAGGCGCUACCUCCUCUUCGGCCAGCUCAGCCAGGCCCGCCAAUGCUGAGGCAGCUGCUGGUGCAGUGAGCUUAGACCUUCAAGACGUACCAGGACUAGAAGACAUUGCCGAAGCGGAAGAAGUAGCGCAGGACAGCUUCAUGGCCAAACCAGCCAAAGCCAAGAACGGGGAGUUUUGCAUGAGGCGCGCCACCCCAGAGGAACGAGCCGGCUUCGACGAAUCCGACUUGUCAGAGUGGUCCAACAUUCAAAACCUCAAGGCCGUGGACGUGGUAAGAGAACUAUGGGUAGAGCCAUGCGACGGCAUCAGGCUUCCGAAAGGGUCUCUGAUUCGCUUGGUGGCUCCGAUAUAUGGGCUUGACGAUUCUCCCUUGAAUUGGCAUCUUACCGUGGUGAGGUUCUUGGAAGACCUAGGUUUCAACAGGAGCCUGUUUGAACCAUGCUGGUUUGUGAAAAGGGUUGAAGGCAGAAUCGAAGCCAUGGUUCUAGUAGAGGUGGACGAUUUCAACAUCGCUGCCACCGAAGAGUACAUGCCUGAUUUGCAGGAGAAGUUGAAGGCCAGGUUCAAGUUCGGAAAAUGGGAACACCAAGAAGCAGACUUCGCAGGCAGGUCCGUCAAGAUACUUAGCGACAGAGUCAUCAUGCAUCAACACAAGUACAUUGUGGAAAAGCUAGCCGCGGUGAAGCUGGCGGUGGGCCGGAGGGCCGACAAGACCGCACCUCUGGACGACGAGGAGUUUGAAGAGUUUCGCUCAAUGCUCUACAAGGUGGCUUGGUUGGCUCAUCAAACUAGACCGGAGGCGGCAGGAAUCGUAAGCAUUCUGUCUUCGAGACUACACAGAGCCACCGUGCACGACGUGGUUUGCUUGAACAAAGUGAUCACCCACAUGAGACAGACGGCCCAACAACCGCUGGUGCUACAUCGUUUUGACAUGAGCAAGAUGAUACUAAUUGCUGCAUCAGACGCAGGCGGAGUAGCCGGGAAACAAGUUUCGCGCGAGGUUCCAGGAGAAGAGCUGGAAGACACUAUACAGGGUGCCUUUCUGAUCUUUGCCUCCGACAACAUGCCCUCUGCCUCGAGAAAAGUGAAAGUCAGCUUGUUGUCCUGGCGAUCAUCCAAGCUGAGGAGGAGGGUAGCUUCAACCCUUGCUGGAGAGGCCUUGGCCUUCAACCAAGCCAUCAGUGAGCUAGAAUGGCUGCAGGUGCUGAUUAGAGAUAUAGUUUGGGGCGAUGUCGAACUGACCGACUGGACCCAGUCACUGACUCCUUUCGUGGCGGUGCUCCCCGACACUUGUAAGCUGAAGGGAACCUUGGACCAAGGACUCAUCACGGAUGCAAAAAGCCUCUACGAUACCAUCCAGAAAGAGUCACCAUCCUCCAGACAAGAUCGACGCACAGCAAUUGAAAUAGCCAUUAUUUUGAACUCCAUCAAGAAGGAAGAGUUGUCCAGCUUCGAAGAAUCGAUCGAAGCGAGCGUCAGAGCAGCGCAGAGCCAGGCUCUAGACGUGACCCCUUUCACCCGUGUUUACUGCUGCAUGGUCGGUGUUGGAAAAGGCGAGUCUGUGAAUGAUGUGAGCGAUGACCGUGCCCGUCGAGUGCAAUGUGCAGUGAUCAUGCCAGGGGAGCUUGAAGCACGCGAAGCCAAGGUAGCUGUAGCAAAAGUCCGCAGCAAGCCGCCUUCGAAAUCACCUCCGGAAUCUUUGUCGAUGAUGGACAACAUCCAGUUCACUGUUUGA